CGCCCAGCGAUCCGGCCGCGGCGGCUCAGACCGCGGCUGCGGCGGGCGCGGGCGGCGGCGGCUUCCUCUCGCCCGCCCGUCUUGGGACCUUUGCCUGCGCGCCUACCCGCGGGGUAACAGCGCGCGCUUCGGCCCUCAGCGGGACGGGGACCUGGGACGUCAGGCCCAAGGCCCUGCUGUCCCCCACGAUGAGGAAGUUGAGGCUCAGAGAAAGAGAGUGAUAUAUACUCAACGUCCUGUGAUCAGAGUGCAGGAACCAGGUGCAGGUGGUCAGCUGCCGCCGGGCCCAUGCCGUGAGGCCGGGAGGCCGGCGUCCGCCACCAGCAUGCCGUGGGACGCGCGGCGGCCCGGGGGCGGCGCGGACGGCGGGCCGGAGGGCGCAGGCGCGGCGCGCUCACGGGCGCAGAAGCAGUGUCGCAAGUCGUCGUUCGCCUUCUACCAGGCCGUCCGCGACCUGCUGCCGGUGUGGCUGCUCGAGGACAUGCGCGCCAGCGAGGCCUUCCACUGGGACGAGCGCGGCCGCGCCGCCGCUUACUCGCCCUCCGAGGCGCUGCUCUACGCGCUCGUGCACGACCACCAGGCGUACGCGCACUACCUGCUGGCCACGUUCCCGCGGCGCGCGCUCGCGCCGCCCAGCGCCGGCUUCCGCUGCUGCGCGGCGCCCGGGCCGCACGUGGCGCUGGCCGUGCGCUACAACCGCGUGGGCAUCCUGCGCCGCAUCCUGCGCACCGUGCGCGAUUUCCCGCCCGAGGAGCGCGCGCGCGUGCUCGACCGGCGCGGCUGCAGCCGCGUGGAGGGUGGUGGCACGGCGCUGCACGCGGCCUGCGAGCUGGCGCGCCCCGAGUGCCUCUUCCUGCUGCUUGG